AUGCUGGACCUCGCUGAACUGCAAGCACCCUACAAAUCCGUCGUCAUCAGCGCCAUCUUUCUGGGCAUGGUUCCCAUGACCUUCCUGGGGCUCUUCCAGCCCCUGAGGUUCAAGAUGCACCUGCCCAUCCACCUCCUGUCGUCGGCAUUCAUAAUGGCCACCGCCAACCUGCAGGUCUGCAGGCUGUCAAACGCCAUCGGAUAUGCGGGCACGGGGUGGCUGAUCGACAAGAUGGAUUUUGUCGCAAGGAGCAUUGUGGGCGCUGCCCUGGCCACGGAUGUCAGCGAUGACCCGUUGUGGAAGGUGGAGUUCCCCUGCCUGCAGCAAGCGCUGUUCCUUCAGAUGUACCUCGGCUUUGGCGCAGUUACCUAUGCUGUCUGGCUGUUUGAGCACCGGUCGAGGGUAGCCUUCAUCGAGUCAUUGCCGUUCGAGGACAGGCCGACGCAGUGUGUGAGUGAGCUGGUGUGGUCCACAAUCUUCAUGCACGCCAUGAUCCUGCUGGUGGCCUUCGGCAUCUUUUGGCGCGUGUUUCUGAGCUUUGCUCCGGGGCUGAUCAACUGGGGCAUGUGCGGGGGGUUGCUUUCGGCGAGGCCCGCAACCGAGGUGUGCUCAAGACUGGGUGUGGACUAG